AUGCCCCCGGUCCGGAUCCUCCAAGCUAACCUCAACCACUCGGCCAGGGCGCAGGACUUAUUUGUCCACUGCCUGGCCGAGUUAGGUGUGGGGUUGGUGGUCGCAGCGGAGCCAUACCGCGUCGUCGACCGCCCGAACUGGGUGGCCGACGCGUUGGGCUCCGUGGUGAUAGUGGGCGGCGACACCACGGCCCUCCGCGUGUUCGCCCGCGGCGAAGGGUUCGUCGGGGCGGAGUGCGGCGGCCUGGCCCUGAUCGGGAUCUACGCCCCUCCGACUCGAGCGCUCGUGCUGGGCGACUUCAACGCCAAGUCCACGGCGUGGGGUGGCCCAGCAACGGACGCGAGAGGUCGGGCGGUGCUGGAGUGGGCGGCGAGCGCGGACAUCCGGCUGCGUAACCGGGGGUCCGUGAGCACGUGCGUGCGGUGGCAGGGCGAGUCGAUCGUCGACUUGUCGUGGACGACGCCUGCCGCCGCGCGUCUCGUGUCGGGAUGGAGGGUAGCGGAGGAGGUGGAGUCCCUCAGUGACCACCUCUACAUCCUUAUUAAUGUCUCCGCUGCCCCUCAGUACCAUCCCGCUCGCGGACCCGCGCCGGGCCGACCGCCGCGCAGAUGGGCGCUGAAGCGCUUGGAGAAGGACGCCCUGAUGGCGGCCACCCUCGCCGCGUCCUGGCCAGGAGCCCCGGCUGGACCGGUCGCGGACGUCGAUCGGGAAGCUGGCUGGUUUCGGGAGUCAUCGACGUCGGCGUGCGACGCCGCCAUGCCCCGAGCCAGGAAGCUCCCGAGGCGGGCCGCUUACUGGUGGAGCGAUGAGAUUGCCGCGCUGCGUGCUACAUGCAACGCGGCGCGACGUCGCUUCACGAGGGCCCGCCGGAGACGGAGCCGCGACCCGGCGAGGGAGGCGGCGCUGUGUGAGGUCUACCGAGAGGCUACGGUGGACCUCCAGCGCACCAUCAGGAGGGCCAAGGCGAGCGCCUGGGGAGAGCUUCUCGGGACUUUGGACAAGGAUCCAUGA